CGAAAUGUCGCGUUUGGCUGCAACAUGCAAUUUCAGAUUAUCUAAAGUUCUCUUGAUACUCUUGUCAUUAGGCUGCCGCCGAACAUGGGCGGUCACUUUUCUGUCUAUAUAAACAUUAGCCCAGCACAGCUCUUGAGAAGAACCGUCGGCUCGCGCACAUGGUCAGUCACAGUCUCGCCUGUCUGGAAUGAAAGCAGCUCAGUGAUGGAGUUCAGAGAGCUGGGAGCAGACGACAGUUCUGAGGGCGACAUGGAGGAUCUGGACAGUGUAAAAGCCCUGACAGAGAAACUCAAACUCCAAACGCGCAGACCGUCGUAUCUAGAAUGGAAGGAGCGACUGCAGGCUCGCCCGUGGACCGAUGCCACUCACGGUUCAAAUGUCAGCAGCCCAGGAUCUGUAGAGAAGGACACUCAGCUAUCCGACGUCUGGAAAGAUGGGAUGCCUUAUAAGAAUAUAUGCGGCUUUGAUACUAUAGACGACGCGUUAGAAUGGCUCAGAAACGAACUGAGGGAGAUGCAGAUGCAGGAUAACCGUCUCGCACGGCAGUUGAUUCGCUUACGGGUGGAGAUCCACAGGUUGAAGGUGGAGCAGGUGUGUCACCGUCACAAAGAGAUGCUGGAUGAUGCCACCUAUGAGCUGGAGGAGUGCGAGGAGGACUCAGACCUGCUGUGUGACAUCCCCAUGAAAGCUGCCUUCACUCUGUCCACCACUCUCAAACAUAUAGGUCUCACCAGGAUGAACCUCAACUCCAGACGAUUCUCGCUCUGUUGAGAGGCACGGCGAUGAGAGAUGCCCCUCAAGAACUUUUCUUUUACUUUUGCAGACACUGGAAACCAAAGUUUUGAUUCAAUUCAGUGUUAAAAUUGGACCAUAGAAAAAACAAAACAAAACAAAAAAACAAAUAAAAAAUCACUUUCAUUUUUUUUCACUUUGUUUGACUUGACCACAGGUGGUCAUAUCUGAAAAUGCAGUAACCAGCACUAUACCACUUGUGACAGCGGACUCACCACAGGACUGAGAAAGUCUCCAGAGUUGGAAAAAAGUUUUAUUUACAUUUGAAAAUAGCUGAACUGAUCUAAAAAAUCAAAAAGGAACCUGCUUCUGUGUCAAAAGGCGUACGAUUGGCACGUGAGAUGAGUGCUCCUGACAGCAGCCUUACAGGAAGUGUGAGUUUGUGUUCAGGCAUUUUGUCACCUUUUGUCUCUUAAAACCUAAAACAACCCCCCCCCCCUCUUCAUCUCACAGCUGCAACAACUGUUAAUCUCAGUCCUCUGUUCAGUCAACUGUAGGUUGGUCUUUAAUAUGUUGAGAGUAUGUUUUUGAGUCUUGUGCUUGGGUAAUGUUCAUUUACACAGUCAGUUUUUUAUAGUGUCCUUUGUACGUCCACUGAACCCAUUUAAGUUUAGAAGCACUUGAAAUGUAACACUGCGUUUGUGCAUGGAUACUGUAUGUGCUUAUGUCUAAAGCUCUGUGAUAAAAUUAAAUUAUAUCACAGAGGACCUUUAUAUUUUGACAAAUUACAUUCAAAUGAAUGUGUGUUAACAAUUUUUUAAUAGAUUUUAUAUUUAUGAAGUGAUUACUUCUGUUCGGCAAGAAUGCAUUGAAUUGAUCAAAAGUGAAAGAAAAGAUUUUUGCUUUUUCCAUUUACAAAAAAUGAAGCAUCUUGAGUCAUUGAAGACAGGAGCAAUGGCUGAAAAUUCAGUUUUGCCGUCACAGGAAUUAAGCACAUUUUAAAAUAUAAUAAAAUAGAAGACAGGUCUUUUAAAAUUUAGUAAUAUUUAUCAAUAUUACAGGUUUAUACAGCUGUGAUUUUGAUCAAAUACAUGCAGAUUUAGUGAGCAUUAGAGACUUCUUUCAAAAAUAUCACAAACAAUCUUUGAACGGUAGAGUUAAUAAUAUUAUUUUAAAUAAUAAAAUGUUUGAUGUACAAAUGUUUAGUGCACUGUUAAAGGUAUAAACCAUGCUUUUGCUUUCAAUCAAACCUGUUUACUGAAAUCAAACACAAUGACUGAAUAUUUGCCUUAAAAAUGCCUUAGAAGAUAAAUUGUGAUUGAUAUUGUAAUUUAGAAAAAAGGUGAAAAACAUUGCUCAUUCACUGGUACUCAUGUACUAUAAUAAGAAUUCAUGAAUUUUAUGUUUGUAAAUUACAUUAAAACCCUAUUUUGGUGAUCAAAU